AUAUUAGAAGUAUGUCUUGUUUAUCUUUUUUCAUGAAACCCGCUAAACAAAAUAACACCAUUAUCACACUGUUAGCCAUUCUCUGUUCACUAUGAACACUAUCACUCUCUCAAAGCACAUAACAGAAUGGUAUAUCUUUAUUAAUAUAAAAACAAUGUUGUUCUCCUUCCGUCUCCUCCCACCGCAAGAUAGAACCAGUAAAGAAACUCCUAGCCCAUCCCCAAUAAGGACCUUGAAGCCCAUUCCAUUGGUAUGGACUGUUACAAUGCACAAAGGCUUAGUAACUGGAAAAAUGUAAAAUUUGAGUGACACACUAAAGUGCAACCAUGUUUUCCAAUGGUAAUAGUAUACUAUGAACCUAAGGUGAUGAUAUUUGUGUGUAACAAACUAAUCAAAAUUUCCCUCCAAAACUGCUGUUGAUUAGAAUGUCCAUUUUGUGAAGACUUUGCAUUUCUCCAAGUAUUGGACAGUAGAACUACUGUCCAUGAGUCAGUCUAGCUACGUACCCAGAUUAUGGCAGCUAUCUAUUCGUCAGAACUCAGGAUUGCAACUUGCAAUAUGGUGGGGAGUGUUCACACUUCACAAAAUUCAGAUCAUCUGCGCGGAAUCCAAUAUACAGACUGCUGCUGCUCCUCCACGGUAGUACUAAGAGCAAGUUUAACAGUAUAGCCAACUGUUGGCUUUAAUUAUUUAAAGUUAAUUUAAUAGCUAAUUUAUACAAUAGUUUUAUAUUGUCUGAUCUCACCUAUCAUGUACACAUGUAUCUUAUAGUCUGUGCUACAGCUAGCUACAAGUUUGUAGCCCGCUGUUUUUCUCUAUCAUCUUUUAUCUUCUUAAAAUAUAUUUAUAGCUUAUUUAUAAUCUGCUACUGUACGUGCUCUAACUCCACUCGCGUAAAGAGCAAACAAAAAGCAAGCUAGCUAGGGCUGCAUGCGAGGGAACAGCGGCCUAGCUCCAUUUUGGUCAAGGAGACCGCCCAUAGGACCCCAUGAAACGCCUCCACGUUGUCGACCAUUACUACUCACACCUCCUCCUCUUUAGAUUCGCAAAACAAGGCUAGGUUUUAAAGUAUUUCCCUACUUUGCUCUUAUCCCUAAAUCACUCUCUUUAAAUUAAUCAAACUCAUCUUGGCCUUUGUGCUCUCCCUCUAUCUCCUCUCUCCUCUCUAGUUCUUGGACGUAUUCGUUACAGCCCAGCAAUUGCAUGUAACAUUAAUUCCAAAAUGCACAAAUUGUGGACAGCUGAGAGAGAGAGAGUAGCUAGCAGUCAGCCACUCAUGUUACUCAGCAGUGUAUGUCGCACAUUCAACUUCAUUCCAAUCUAUAUAUAACACACACUUGGGUAUUCUCUCAUUCUCUCCUUAGCACAACACUGGUCUACAUCGAUCAAUAGCUUUAUAGUUAUCCUUCCCUCUCAUAAGCUCAAACAAACGCUGGUCAAGUGCUCUUCAAGAUCGGCGCAUCGAUCAUAUCUAUCGCCAUGGACAUGGACAUGAGCUCGGCUUAUCCUCACCAUUGGCUCUCCUUCUCCCUCUCUAACAACUACCACCAUGGCCUCCUUGAGGCCCUCUCUACCACAUCUGCACCUCCACUUGGAGAGGAGGGGCCAGCGGAGGGCGCUCCGAAGAUGGAGGAUUUCCUCGGCGGCCUAGGCGGAGGCGGCGGCGCCGUCGCCGCCGCUCCGGCAGCUGCCCCGGAGGAUCAGCUCAGCUGCGGCGAGCUUGGUAGCAUCGCCGCCGGGUUCUUGCGCCGGUACCCAGCGCCUGAGAACGCCGGCGGGGUGACCAUCGCAAUGGCGACCGACGCGGCGGCGGAGCUGGCCGAUCCGGCGAGGAGGACCGCCGAGACGUUCGGGCAACGGACGUCCAUCUACCGUGGUGUCACUAGGCACCGGUGGACGGGGAGGUACGAGGCGCACCUGUGGGACAAUAGCUGCCGCCGGGAAGGCCAAAGCCGCAAAGGCCGCCAAGUCUACUUAGGAGGUUAUGAUAAGGAGGAGAAGGCCGCAAGAGCUUACGACCUCGCCGCCCUAAAGUACUGGGGUCCAACCACCACGACGAACUUCCCUGUUGCCAACUACGAGACGGAGCUGGAGGAGAUGAAGUCCAUGACGCGGCAGGAGUUCAUCGCGUCGCUGCGCAGGAAGAGCAGCGGCUUCUCAAGAGGGGCUUCCAUCUACAGAGGAGUAACAAGACAUCAUCAGCACGGCCGGUGGCAAGCGAGGAUCGGCAGGGUGGCCGGAAACAAGGACCUGUACUUGGGCACUUUCAGCACGCAGGAGGAGGCUGCCGAGGCGUACGACAUUGCCGCUAUCAAGUUCAGGGGGCUCAACGCCGUCACCAACUUCGACAUGAGCCGCUACGACGUCGACAGCAUCCUCAACAGCGACCUGCCGGUCGGCGGCGGAGCCGCCACGCGCGCCUCUAAGUUCCCCUCUGACCCAUCGCUGCCGCUGCCGUCGCCUGCCAUGCCACCGUCGGAGAAGGACUACUGGUCCCUCCUUGCCCUGCACUACCACCACCACCAGCAGCAGCAGCAGCAGCAGCAGUUUCCUGCUUCUGCAUUUGACACCUACGGCUGCUCCUCCGGCGUGAACGUGGACUUCACAAUGGGGACUAGCAGCCACAGCGGCAGCAACAGCAACAGCAGCAGCAGCAGCGCCAUAUGGGGCACAGCCGCCGGCGCAGCGAUGGGGAGGCAGCAAAACGGCGGCAGCAGCAACAAGCAGAGCAACAGCUACUCCGGUAACAACAUUCCUUAUGCUGCUGCAGCAGCUAUGACUUCUGGAUCAGCACUCUACGGGGGCUCCACCGGUAGCAACGGGACAUGGGUGGCGAGUAACACGAGCACGGCUCCCCACUUCUACAACUAUUUGUUUGGGAUGGAGUAGGUGGACUUACUGGCUCUAUUAGCUUCAUUAGCUGAAACGAGUGGUAGGCCUAGGACUGACAUGGAACUGAUCAAAAGUUUUGGCUGCUGAUGCAUGCAGGAAUGCAAUGCAAUGCAUCCUUAAGAUUAUUCUUUUGCUUCCCUGACAUAGUCCUGUAGCAGAGAAACUCAUGUAUCACCAGUGUUUCUAAUUCAAGCUCAUUUUUUUAACUAGUUCCAUUGUCAGCUACUCCAUUUGUUUCAUAUUAUAAGUCAUUUUGAUGUUUUUUUUUA